AUGCCAAUUUCGGCGCAGGCUUCCGAGGGUCAUCUCAUGUCAUUCAAGGUGAGAGAAAGCUGAAGGAUUCCAUGUGAUUAGGCUAAGCUACAUGCUUCUCAUUGCUCGAUGGGGUGGAAGUGUAGACUGUAUCAUUCUGGAAUUUUGUGGGAUUUCUGUAGAGCAUGUGUAGGAUUAUUAAGAUGUUUUGUUUGGGCCAUUCCAGGUGAAUCUGCGUCUUAUCCUGGUCAGUGGGAAGACACAAGACUUCAUCUUCUCCCCCAAUGACUCGGCCAUGGACAUCGCCAAGCACGUCUUUGAUAACUGGCCCUUGGGUGAGUUUGUGCAUUUUGGGAGGUGGACCAGUGAACAACUACAACACUGUCUUGUUUUAUAUUGAGUUGUAUUUCAGAAUUAAUCAGGUCAUUUUGCAAUUUUCUUAAUUAUUCUUAGUCUGGGUCGGAUUUAGGAACAUGCUUUCUGUCUCUUGUCACGGGGACCACUUUACAGUUAUUAUAGGAAAAGUUGUUACACAAUGCCUUGUCUCAACGCUAUAUGCCACCUUCAAACCCCUGACGAUGGCAGUCAUGUUUGUGGGUUCAACCAGUGAGUGUCUGUCUGGCACAAGUGAUAUUAGACUUUUCCCCUCUGCUUCUGAGUGUUGCUCUAAUGUUGUUGUCUCAUCUCUGCAUCAGGAUGGGAGGAGGAGCAGGUGGGCAGCGCCAGCAUCCUGCGCCUCAUCUUCCAGGGACGCUUCCUGCAUGGCAGCGUCACCCUGGGAGGUACUGGAUGGACCCUCUUACACAGACAUAACAUCACCCUCCCUGUCUAA